AUGGGUCCUGCUUACACUUUACACAAAGUAUUAUCUUGGUCAGCUAACAAUUGGUCUACUCAUCCAAUAGCGCAGAGCCUGGCUGUGUAUUGUAAUAAUAAUACAACCUGGAUGGCUGUUGCUUCAGACAUUAAUAUAGAAUAUAGAAGGAUUGACAAGAUUGUGAUAGACUCGAAUAGCGUUACUCAAGUUGUUGCUACAGAUAAUUGGAUCAUAAAAAUUACACCUUAUAAAUUGUAUGUUGCUCAUCAAAGUGAUACUGCCUUAAUUUUAAAUAGAAGUGAUACUCACGCUAUGUCUGCUACAACACGGGGGGAAGUCCAAUACGUUAAUAUCGAGGUGAAACCCACAAGAACUGGUGCAGAAACUUUUAAUAUACGCCUAAAUGCAUUAGAUUUUAAAGAUCUACAAGAUAAAGUAUCCCGACCUAUCACUGUGCUCCAGAAUGUAACAUUUCACAGAACACUGUUAGAUAGGUUCAUCGAUACUUUCAAGCAGCAAGUGUCUGAAAAUCCUUACUACGAAACUGUGCAGGAAUUGGAGCAAUGUGUCGGCUGCAUGCAAGUGCCAUCAAAUGUGAAAUUAAACAAAUUAUGUGGAAAUGUUAGUGAAGAAAGAGGUCCUGAUGCGUGCGUCAAUUGUUUUUGUAGACCAAUGUGGUGCAUUGAAUGUAUGGCCAAAUGGUUUGCUUCAAGACAGGAUGAAAAUGCACCAGAAACUUGGCUAUCUUCCAAAUGUACUUGCCCAGUAUGUCGAGCAAGAUUUUGUCUUCUAGAUGUUUGCUAUGUAAGGCUAUUGAAUCAAUAA